AUGGAGGCGGCGAGGGCGCGAACGCCGCGGGGAGCGCACAAAGUGGCGAUCGGCGUCGCGGAGCUCGGCGCCGGGAGGAAUGCGGACGGAUGCUACAAGGAGUGGCGGUGGCGUGGGUGGCGCGCGCUGGGCCGGGCGGAGGUGGUCUUCGUCGGGUGCUUGGGCAUCUUAACCUUGCUCGUUCUGUUGCUCGGCGUCGGCGGCGGCGGCGGAAGCUUGUCGGCGUUCACGCCGCCGAAGACUACUGAGUUCGUCCAAAAGCCAGUUUCCGCAGCGUCGCGUGUCCAUGCUGAUGAUGCAGAGGCUGCAGGAUUGAACGCCGAGCACGCGCCGCCGAUUCGGCACGACCAAGACCACUUCAUUGGCGGGCUCCUCUCGCCGGCCUUCGACGAGCAGUCGUGCCGUUCCCGGUACGCGUCGCCUCACUACCGCCGUCCGUCACCGUUCCGCCCAUCCACGUACCUCGUGGAGCGCCUCAGGCGGUACGAGGCCCGGCACAGGCGGUGCGGACCCAGCGGGCCUCUCUUCAAGGAAGCCGUCGAGCACCUGCGGUCCGGCCGCAACGCCGCGCGCUCCGAGUGCCAGUACGUCGUGUGGACGCCGUUCAACGGCCUGGGCAACCGCAUGCUCUCGCUCGGCUCCACGUUCCUGUACGCGCUCCUCACCGACCGCGUCCUGCUCGUGCACGCGCCGCAGGAAUUCGACGGCCUCUUCUGCGAGCCCUUCCCCGGCAGCUCCUGGACGAUCCCUGCCGACUUCCCGAUCACCGACUUCGCCGGCACUUUCACCAUGUGGUCGCCGACGAGCUACAAGAACAUGCGCCACGCGGGGGCCGUAAGCGGUGACCACCGCAACGUCUCCGCCGAGAGGCUGCCCGCGUACGUGUUUCUGGAUCUCAUCCAGUCGUUCACCGACGCCGCCUUCUGCGAGGCCGACCAGCUCGUGCUCGCCAAGUUCAACUGGAUGGUGAUCAAGUCCGACGUGUACUUCGCGGCCAUGUUCUUCCUCAUGCCGGCCUACGAGCGCGAGCUCCAGCGGCUGUUCCCGGAGAAGGAGGCCGUGUUCCACCACCUCGCCCGGUACCUCUUCCACCCGUCCAACGACGUGUGGGGCAUCGUGCGCAGGUACUACGAGGCCUACCUUGCCAGGGCCGACGAGCGCGUCGGCCUCCAGGUGCGCGUCUUCCCGGAGAUGCCCGUGCAGUUCGACAACAUGUACGGCCAGAUUGUCCGGUGCUCGGAGCAAGAGGGCUUACUGCCGAAGGUCGUGCGGAAGGACGGCGAGGCGAACCACUCCUCGCCGGCCGUGGCGCCGGAGAGUAGUAGGACGAAAGUCACCUCGGUACUGGUGACGUCGCUCUUCUCCGACUACUACGAGCGCAUCCAGGGCGUGUACUACGCGAACCCGACGGAAACCGGGGAGUACGUGGAGGUGCACCAACCGAGCCACGAGAGGGAGCAGCGCACGGAGGCGCGCGGCCACAACCAGAGGGCCCUGGCGGAGAUAUAUCUGCUGAGUUUCUGCGAUCGCAUCGUAACGAGCGCGGUGUCGACGUUCGGGUACAUCGCGCACGGGCUCGCCGGCGUGCAUCCCUGGGUGCUGCUGCGGCCACCGUCCCCGAAAACAUGCUGA